AUGUCGUAUAUCAUAGUUAUGCUGGUAGUAUCGUUAUUGGCAUUUGGGUUAGCACGUCAAUCGAUAACGUAUCCUAAUGAAGACUGGCAUUGGCUACUGGUUCGAAAUGUCUUCUAUAAACCGUAUUUCAUGCUUUAUGGUGAAGUAUAUGCUGACGAAAUCGAUACAUGUGGAGAUGAAGCAUGGGAUUCCCAUCUAGAAAAAGGUGUACCGAUAACAAACAGCACAUCUGGGAGUACAUGUGUUCCGGGUUAUUGGAUUCCACCUGUGCUUAUGACGUUCUUCCUUUUGGUCGCGAAUAUUCUCCUAAUGAGUAUGUUAAUUGCGAUAUUCAACAAUAUUUUCGACCAAACGGAUGAGAUAGCGCAGCAGAUUUGGUUGUUCCAACGUUAUCGCCAGGUAAUGGAAUAUGAAAGCACACCGUUUGUACCACCUCCGUUCACUCCACUGUCGCAUGCAGGCCUUGCCAUUAGGUAUAUCCGAAUGAAAUUAUCCUCGCUAUAUGACAAAGAUCCGGAUGGGAGUCGACAAAGGAAGAUGUUUGACUUUAGUCUUAGUUGUUUCUGA